AUGAAGGGUUUCUCAACAACUGGUAAGUUCAGUACUCUGGCAGCUACCAAGUCUAAAAAGGGCGAGGUAGUCUCGACGUCGCCCGAGGCAACCGUGAAGAAGUACAAAGAAGCUAUGAAGCAGCACAAGAAGGCUCUAAAGGAGCUACACGUGUGCACCGAGAGCUUCACGCGUGCCUUGACUGCCGUAGCCACCUCCUUCCAGUUCUUAGCCUCUGAUACCUGUAUUCCUGUCAUCAUUCAGUCCAGCGGCGCCCUCGCGUGUGGAAUCGAGGAGGUGCAAGAUGGCGUUGCCCUGCAGGCCUUGAUGGAGGCGAUCGACUACUCGCUCUCUGCUCGCUUUGAGAAGAUUGCAGACCACCAGCGCGAGUUGAAGGAGAGUUGCAAGCGCAAGUCCAAGGCGGAGCAGACGCUGGCUCUCUUGUGCACUCAGUGCGACAAGCUCAAGCCCACGAAGGACGCAGAUCCCAAGGCCCAGGCAUUCUACCUGGCCGAGACGCAGAAGCGAGUCGAGCACGAGCUCGAGUGCACUCGACUAAGGGCCGAGUUCGAGGACGCCUUUCACGAUUUCGAGACGCGCUUCGGCACCCUUGUAUACGAGGAUAUGAAGGAGCUAAUGGAGCAGCUCCACAGGGUACUCUCCGCUCUAUCUUACCAACUUCGCAAGUGCAAGGAUAGUCUUCUGGCCGGCCCCGCCACUCCCCAGUCGCUCGCGGUGAUGGCCUAA